CAGUGACGUUUCUACUUCAACUUCUGAACCGUUUGUUUACAUUUAUGGAAAACCCGUUGUUAGCCAAAACAGACGCCCUUAUUGUGUAAUUCAUGAGUGUUUUUAAAAAGAAACAAACUUUUGUAAACUAUUACAACAAUGCGAACAGUACCAAAAUGGGUUAAUAAGAUCCAUGAAGCCGAUAAAAUUGAAUCAUCAUGUGUUCAUGCAAUAUGCUUCAAUCCUGAUGGUACACAGUUGGUUGUUGGUGCUGGUGAGAAAGUAAUGGUAUAUGAUCCAAGGGACGGAGCACUGGUACAAUUGCUACAAGCUCAUAAAGGGGCCGUACAUGCUGUUGCAUAUUGUGGAGAUGGAAAAAAGUUUGCAAGUGGCAGUGCUGACAAAAAUGUUAUUAUAUGGACAUCUAAGAUGGAAGGGGUUCUUAAGUAUUCACACAGUGAAUCUAUCCAAUGUCUUGCAUAUAAUCCUGUGUCUCUACACUUGGCAUCUUGUGCUUUGUCAGACUUUGCAUUCUGGUCUGCUGAUGUGAAGGCUGUACAGAAGUACAGGGUUUCAGGACGCAUAACAAGUUGCGCUUGGUCACAUAAUGGACAGUUUUUAGCUAUUGGGCUCGCUACUGGUGCAGUAUCUUUAAGGAAUAAAACAGGAGAUGAAGUACAGUUGAUACAAAGAGAAGCACCUGUAUGGGCUGUAGCAUUUGCAAAUAGCACACUUUUAGUUACAGACUGGAAUGACACAAUGUCCUUUUAUAAUGUACAGGGACAGCAAGUAUUAAAAGAUAGGUAUAUAGGUAUAGCAGCAUUGUCAAUAGCAAUAUUCGACGCGCUUGUGCUUGUUGGUGGUGUAGGUGGGUGGGCUGUGUUAACAACAGAGGGUGUUGUUAUGCUGAACACACCCCAGGAUUGGGUGUGGGCCAUUGCACCAUCACCCUUACAAAAUACUAUGGCGGUGGCAUGUCAGGAUGGUACUCUGUGGUGUUAUCAAAUAGUGUUCAGUACAGUUCACGGGCUGUAUCGUGAAAGAUAUGCAUAUCGGGAGAACAUAACUGACGUUAUAAUACAACAUUUAACCACCGGUAACAAAGUGCGGAUCAAAUGUCACGACAGAGUUCAGAAAAUUGCAAUAUAUAAACAUCGAUUAGCGGUUCAACUUCCAGAGAGGGUGGUUGUUUAUGAACAAGGAGAUCCAGAUGGAAUGAUGUACAGGGUGAAGGAAAAGUUGCCGCAAAAAUCUGAAUGCUCCCUCCUCAUAGCCACAAGUGACGCUUUGUUACUCUGUCAGGAUAAUAAGUUGUCGAUGAUCGGGAAAAAAACUCCAAGAUCAUGGUCUUUUCCUGCGCUGAUUCGCUACGUCAAAGUUACUACAUUAUAUUUUAUGGAAGUUCUUCUUUUAGGCCUUCUUAAUGGACAGAUUUGGCGAGUUGAACCCAAAGAAGGCACUUCUAAAGUGAUAGUGACAACACCAUCUGGUGUACGAUGUCUUGACGUCAGCGCGUCACGUAGCCGCCUGGCUGUUGUUGAUGAUCUGUCAAUCUGUCGAGUUUACUGCUUACCCACUUCUGAAUUGUUGUAUUCCGAAGAGAACAUAUCAUCUGUGUCUUGGAACUCGUUGUGUGAUGAGUUACUUUGCCUGUCAGGUGGCGGCUUGUUAUCUAUAAAGGCAGGCAAAUUUCCAGCCGCCACACAGCCACUUGCAGGAUCCGUUGUCGGAUUUCAGGGCGGUCGUGUAUUCUGUUUGCAAGCAAGCGCAAUGCAAUCAAUAAAUGUACCACUCUCCCAUGCUGUACACCAGUAUGUUCAAAAGAAGAUGUUCAAUGACGCGUAUGCGGUAGCUUGUUUGGGUGUGACCGCACUUGACUGGGAGCGACUCGGCAUGGCGGCGUUUGACGAAUUAGCUUUCGAAGUAGCGAGAAAAGCAUUUCAACGCAGUGAAAAUAUCAUUUAUCUCACACUCAUUGAUCAAUUACAGGAAAGACUGGAAGCUGGCGAGAAGCGUGGUGUAGUGCUGGGAGAAGUUCUAGCCUACAGAGGAAAGUACAACGAGGCUGCAAACUCGUUCCAAACAUCGGGACGCGACGACCGCGCUCUUAACUUAUACCUUGAUCUAAGGAUGUUUAGUAAAGCACAGGAGCUGGUCGGUGAGGGCGAAGGCCUAGCGGUGCUGGGCAGAAGGCGUGCCGAGUGGGCGCGGCACGUAAGUGAGCCUCGCGCCGCAGCUGAAAUGUACCUGGCUGUGGGCGAUGUACGACGUGCCGCGCAACUUAUGGCAGAUAACGGACGUAGAGAUAUGUUGAUAGAGUUGGCACGUAAAUUGGAUAAAGGGUCAAGUGAGUCGCUCCGUCAUGUCGCGGAAGCUUUGGUGACAGUAGGUGAGCCGGCCGCUGCAGCUGACGUAUAUCAACGUCUCGGUGAUUACAAGAAAGUAGCUCAGUUAGCUAUAUCAGCUGGUGAAUGGCAGCGGGCUUUUGCACUGGCUCGUGAGCACGCGGAGUGCAGAAGCGAAGUGUACUUACCGUAUGCACACCGUAUGGCGCAAGAGAACAAAUUCAUUGAAGCACAGAAAGCAUACCAUAUGGCUGGGGAGACUUCAACAGCGAUGCGUGUGUUCACCGUGUUGGUGGGCAACGCAGUAGCCGAGGAGAGGUUCUCUGAUGCCGGCUAUUUACAUCAUCUUCUUGCUCUCCAAUGCCUAGAAACAGCUAACACCAAUGACAAAGAUCGUGAAUCAUCGCUUCGUAGCUACGAGUAUAACGCGGAAUUGUCUGCGGUGUACAACGCUUAUGAAGCAGUACACCGCUGUAUACACGAGCCGUUUUCACUGACGCAACCAGACGCGCUAUUGAAUGCCGCAAGAUAUGCGCACGCGUACGUCAAUGAUAACGUACCACCACCAGGAUUAUCAUUAUUUUGUUUGUACCUUUGUAUCGCGAAACAAGCAAAGACCUUGAACGCUAACACCUUAGCGCAACAGAUGUUAGACAAGAUCCUCAAUUUACAAAUACCACAAAAAUUUCAGGAAAGCGUGGAACUAUUAAUAUUGAAGAGUCGAGCAACCAGUUGUGGUGAUAACGAGGAGGAGGUGGCGCCACUGUGCUGGCGGUGUCGGAGACACGUGCCUGUGUUGUGCGCUACGAGGUGUCCACAUUGUUGUCAUCAUCUUACACAUUCAAUGGCGACGUAUGAAGUUCUACCUUUGGUACAGUUUGUACCAGCAGAUGGUAUAUCUAUAGAGGAAGCGUUUGAUCUUUUAGAACGUACACCACUUCCAGAAGCUACUGCCAAAGAAACUAAUGAAGCUGAUAUCCUUCGAAUAGACCAUGACAUUGAUUCAUCAGAUCCCUUUUUAGACAAAAUUGAAGAGGACGAUGAAUCCGGCUUAGUAGUGUGCAGUCGUAAUGCUUUGCUGCGUAUGAACCCAGCGAGCGUGGUGAUCGUGCAGCGACCGCCGCUGCCGACACGAUUCUACAGGAACAUGUUGCCCGAAUUGCCCAUAGCGACCUGUACACACUGCAAGAAUCUGUUCUAUAUGGAAGAUUAUGAAAUACAGAUUGUUACUAAAGGUCACUGUCCAUUCUGUCGUCAUCCACCCGAUGAUAUAAACGAAGAUGGUGUAGAUGACUCGCUGUUCAAUGGAUCCGAUGCUUCAACACCGGACAAUGCAAGUAAUGGACAUAGUACAUGGCGAUAGUCACAAUAAUGAAUGACAUAGAAGUUUUUAUUUACAGCACAAUUUUAUUACGAUGACAAUUAUAAGUAAUUGUUAUCCUUAUUUGUAUAUUCUUAUUGUACUUAAAUUAGUAUUAAUUUGUUAGUAAAUAAACGAAACAAUACAACUUUUAUGUAAACCUUUUAUGUCUACUAUAUUUUUAUUAAAACUUAUGUAAUUAGAGACACUCUGUACAAUUUCCCACCGACAUAUCAGGAUUAUUAGCAUCCUGUAUAGUUCAUUUUGUAAUUUUUUUUAAUUAGUCAAUUUUUUCAGUAUUUAAUUCUUGUUC